CUCUUCUUGUAAUUCAAGCUUCCUAUCAUGGUUGAACAGGAGGAUUUUUAGCUCACUUGAUCCUGCCAGUUUCCGCUUGCACAGCCAUGAUCAGGAUUUGCGUCCGCUUUUAGGACACCCAGGCGAGAAACGAUCGUGUUUGCGAGGUCCGUUUCACAAUGCACAGUAACCCGAGAUCCUACUCGUGAUUAAUUUGUAUAUCAAGGCUGCGAUGGCUUCGCGAUCAUCUUUCGGGUUCAUUAAGCCUCACCUUCCUUUUUCUUUAGUCAUUCCUUUGUAGGUUUACAUCAUGCGCUCGUUUAGUUCUUGGUCUACUUUGGCUGUCGGGCUGCUGGCAGCCUUGGCCAGUGCCGCUCCUUCUUCUCCUUACAAAUCCUCGAUGUCGAAGAGGCAGGCCAGUGGGGACCACUUGGUUUUCUGCCACUUCAUGAUGGGCAUCGUUCCCAACCGCCAAAGCUCUGCGGAUUACGACAGUGACAUGCAGCGUGCAAAAGCCGCAGGUAUCGACGCAUUCGCGCUCAAUAUCGGCAAAGACGCAUACGCAGAGCAGCAAUUAGCAUACGCCUACGAAUCCGCCGAGAAGAACGAUAUGAAAGUCUUCAUCUCCUUCGACUUCAACUGGUUCUCUCCCAGCAGCGAUGCUUCCACCGUCGGUGGUAUGAUCAAGAACUUCGGUGGCAAGAAGUCCCAACUUAUUGUCGACGGCAAAGUUUUCGUGUCCUCUUUCGCCGGUGAUGGGCUCAACGUCGAGCAACUACGCCAGGCAGCCGGUGUAGACAUCUACUUCGCGCCCAACUUCCAUCCUGAGCAAACCGCAGACCCCUCCGCCAUCGACGGCGCCCUGAACUGGAUCGCCUGGGAUAGCGAUGGCAACAACAGAGCACCCAAACCCGGCGCCAACGUCACCGUCUCCCAAGGCGAUGCCACAUACACCAAGUGGCUCGGCCAAAAGGGAUACAUAGCACCUGUCUCUCCCUGGUUCUUCACGCACUUCGGGGCCGAGGUCAGCUACCCUAAGAACUGGGUUUUCCCUGGAGAUCUUCUGUGGUAUAACCGCUGGAAUGAGAUUCUCCAACUACAGCCGCGGUUUAUUGAGAUUAUUACGUGGAAUGAUUACGGAGAGAGUCAUUAUGUGGGUCCACUUAGUAGCAAACAUACCGACGAUGGAAACAGCAAAUGGGCUAACGAUAUGCCACAUAACGGAUGGCUGGACAUGGCCAAGCCUUAUAUUCAAGCUUUCAAAGCUGGCGAGAACAGUCCUGCGAAGUACAUCACUGAGGAUCAGUUAGUAUAUUGGUAUCGCCCCACGCUUAAGAGUCUGAAUUGUGAUAAUACGGAUACGACGGGGCAGCGACCAGAUGGCGUCGAUACAAUGGAAGAUGCGGUCUUUGUUGUUGCGUUGUUGACGGAGGAUGGAAAGGUUACGGCUGUUUCAGGCAAGAACUCGAAGACUUUUGAUGCCCCGGCUGGUGCAAGUGCGUGGAAAGUUGAUAUGGGGGUUGGACCGCAGAGUUUUAGUCUUGAGAGAGGGGGUCAGACAGUUAUGAGUGAGACCAGUUUGAGGGAGGUUAAGGAUCAAUGUCCUUGUGGAUUAUACAUAUACAACGCUUACGUCGGCACGGUUCCUGCUGGCGAACCUGACGCCCUCGACAAAGACGGUCUUACUGCCCUAACCUCAGGCCUCAAAGUCUCGACCUGUGCCGCUACACCUUCUCUUACAGGCGCACCACCAAGACCCACGGCCAAUACAUCGGCACCCAUAGCCACCAGCGCACCAGCCCCCGAAACCACUAAUUCUCCUCCUCCUUCUCCUGCGACCAGCGCUAGUCCUAGCUCUGACGUAUCCAGCAUCCCAACUGGUACGGUUAGGAUUGGGACUUCUGCCCCGGCUACUUCAGCUUCCGCGACUUCUGGGCCAGCUACCCCCACCAUCGCAUCUACAACAGUAGCUCAACAGCCCGAAAGCGGUGGAGGAGGCUGCACAGCAACGGUCACAGAGAGUAGUCAGGUUGCUCCGACUAAUUGCUUGCAAUCUGGGCAGGUAUGGAAAGGACCGAAUGCGGGACCUGAUUGCUGUGAUGGCGCGAGUCCGUGUUGUAAGCAUUAAGUGUGACGAGUGCAUCCGCAGAGCUUGAUGGUCAAGUGAUGCGUGGGAGUAGAGAUGGACACGGAUUGUGGGUGCAGCCGGGCUUUUACUUCUUGAGUGUAUUAUAUAGUAUUGAGAUGUGACAUAGUUUAAAUGCAUGUGUGGCUAGAUUGUGGAGUUGUAUGGGUGGAUAAGUAGUGAGUGAAGUAUCUGCCGGGUCAUAUACUAGAGAACUGAUGACUUCAUUGGUAGGGGGGAUACGAUUGGUUUAUUAGGGAGGACAACCGAGCGUGUGAUGUGAUGUGAACACCAG